UUCUUUCUUUCCUUCUUCCUUUUCGUUCUAUCUUCACUUUCGCUCCAACCCUACAAUUCUGCCCGAAACUGCUCUUUCGCUUUUUCUCUGAACAAAAAUGACACAGCCAGUACAGGGCGAAAAGCCCAAGCUGAAUCGUCCCUCGCAGCCCUUUCGUGUUUCGUCUUCCUCCAGCGAGCCCUCGACUUCUCCCAUCAUACGCGUUGACGCUCGCCAUGAUCGCACGACUGAUCGAUAUGUUAUCCUAUGGCAGGACAUUCGACGAGCAUUCAAGAAUGCCCAGUGUAUCAUGCAGGACGAGGUCGUUGUUCCUUUUAUGACUGACGCCGACUUUAAAGAAUUGACCCCACCGAGAAUUCUCUACCGUCGCGCUGUUGUGCUCGAUGUCGUCCUCGAAGACACCGCUCAUGGUCCUACCCCCAAGCAAGGGGAUCCCGUCCUCCGCGGUACUAACAUUCAGCAGGACCGCAAGGCCAACAACAAAAACAAGGGACAUCUUUCUACAGAUGUCAAGGCCGACCUACAAUCGACUCUUCGAUCCUACAACCAGCUCUUCCGAUCCUUCUGCAAUACUAUGAUGUCUGAUGACCUGGGUCAAGCCAAGAAGACAAUGGAGACGAUGCAAAGGGAUUUGAUAACGGUACAGACGGAGAUACUCAAGGUCCAUCCUCCUCAAGAUCUAAUAAUCAAGGCACAGAUACAUAUCCUAGAGCACCAGCAGAGUCUCCUUGAGCGCAUGAGCGCGGUCCAGGGCCUUUUGCAAACCGUCGUCGAUCAAACGUCUGAGCUGAUGGAGGAGCGACCGCCCAACGUAGCUACAGUCAAGUCGAAAGUCAUGGCACUUGACCUGGUAAAGAUCACAAAGACUGUUCUCCAGUUCCUAGACCAUAAGGAUUUGGUUAAGUGCAUGCGAGUCAACAAGGCAUGGCAUGAAUUGACGGCACCUAUGGUCUGGGGAAAGAUCGACAUAUGGGACGAGCCACGAUACAAUCCAUCUGUUGAAGCCCUCCAGCGCCGCCGCCUUCUAGUCAACUCCCUUGGAAUGAGCCAAUCCGACCUGGAGUAUUGUGCAAUAGAUUUCCCCAACCUUCGACAUUUGGAUGUCAUUUUUUCGAUGAAAAAAGUGGAGCAAAUUAUAGAUUUCAUCCAGCGGCACACAUCGUUGACAAAGCUGGAGCUGCAUUACUCAUACUCCGAUGAAGAGUUUGAGUUUUAUGCGCCUCAGUUGUGGAGAGUUGUGGCCAAUUUGCCGGGUCUCAAGAGUCUUCAUCUCCAUGGCUUCGGGGUCCGCAACAUUUCCGUCUCUCUCCCGACAUUACACGAACUCCAUAUCAAGUACCACUCCAGAAACAGCUCUUCAGAUACAAUAGUCGACCAGUUGCGAUUCAUGUCUCGAUGCCCAGCUCUGCACGUUCUGGAAUGGAGAAAUUAUAACUACAAGCGCCAGAUUGGAGACGCCACAGGCAAGGAUUUUAUGCAGAUGGUCGAUGUUGGCACCUGGCCCGAGCUAACGGCGCUGACCGUGCAUUGUGACGCGUUGAUCCUUUGGGAUAGCGAGAUCGAGACAAUCCUGUCGUCCAUGCCUCGCGUAGUUGUGUUUGAUGUACGAGGUUCAGUAUUCGGUAUAUUAUCUUUCGUGCAGUUGCAGUACCACUUCGCGACUCUUGAGGAACUCCAUCUCGAUCCCAGUUGUACGCUGACAAAACACAGGCUGUCGGAAAUUGUAUCGUCGUGCCCACGUUUACUUGAAUCUUGUAAAAAAGAUUUAGCUAAGAUGGCUGCCGAUGGUCGUUCAUGAUUCUAUCAUUUGCUCCAAACAACAACAGCAGAAUAAUAAUAACGAUAAAAAAAAAUGCGCUACAAUGAUUUCGGCACGCCUGCUGUCUGAGUGCUCCAAAGACGUUCCUCCCCUCCUUCUACUUGACACACGCAUUUCCGAAAGUAAAAAAGUGUUAUUUGAUUCCCUCAGA